UUUUUCAUCUACCACCCAUCUCCCUUAUAUUAAUCCCACACCCAUCUCCGAUACGCUCAACCAGCUCCCUCCCCCGCCGCCGCCGCGCUAUUACGUAUCUCCUCCGCCGUCAUUCUAUCUAAACUACGCCCAUGGAUCUUCUCCUCCUAGAGAAGACCCUGCUGGGCCUCUUUGUCGCCGUGGUGCUCGCAAUCACCAUCUCGAAGUUGCGAGGCAAGCGGUUCAAGCUGCCUCCGGGCCCCCUACCCGUACCCGUAUUUGGGAACUGGCUUCAAGUCGGGGAUGAUUUGAACCACCGGAACUUGUCUGACCUAGCGAAGAAAUUCGGGCAAAUAUUCCUGCUUCGGAUGGGGCAGCGUAACUUGGUGGUGGUCUCGUCCCCGGAGCUGGCCAAGGAGGUGCUCCACACCCAGGGGGUCCAGUUCGGGUCCCGAACCCGAAACGUGGUGUUCGAUAUCUUCACCGGGAAGGGGCAAGAUAUGGUGUUCACGGUGUACGGCGAGCACUGGAGGAAGAUGAGGAGGAUCAUGACGGUGCCCUUCUUCACCAACAAGGUGGUCCAGCAGUACCGGUUGGGGUGGGAGGAAGAGGCGGGUCGGGUCGUCGAGGACGUGAAGCGGAACCCAGAGGCGGCCACCAAUGGGAUCGUCUUGAGGAAACGGUUGCAACUGAUGAUGUACAACAACAUGUAUCGCAUCAUGUUCGAUAGGAAAUUCGAGACCGAGGACGACCCCCUGUUCGUAAGCCUCAAGGCCUUGAACGGAGAGAGGAGUCGGCUGGCUCAGAGCUUCGAGUACAACUAUGGAGAUUUCAUUCCCAUUCUGAGGCCCUUCCUGAGAGGCUACUUGAAGAUCUGCAAGGAAGUUAAAGAUAGGCGGUUGCAGAUUUUCAAGGACUAUUUUGUCGAAGAAAGGAAGAAGCUAUCGAGCACGACGAACAUGGACAACAACAGUCUGAAAUGCGCGAUUGAUCAUAUUUUGGAUGCUCAACAGAAAGGGGAGAUCAACGAGGACAACGUUCUGUACAUAGUUGAGAAUAUCAACGUCGCUGCCAUUGAGACAACGCUUUGGUCAAUAGAAUGGGGCAUCGCCGAGCUGGUAAACCACCCGGAGAUCCAGAAGAAGCUCCGGCACGAGCUCGACACCGUCCUAGGCCCCGGCGUCCAGAUCACGGAGCCGGACACCCACAAGCUCCCUUACCUGCAAGCCGUGAUCAAGGAGACUCUCCGCUACCGCAUGGCGAUCCCUCUUCUGGUCCCCCACAUGAACCUCCACGACGAAAAGCUCGGCGGGUACGACAUCCCGGCCGAGAGCAAGAUCUUGGUGAACGCCUGGUGGCUCGCCAACAACCCUGACCACUGGAAGAACCCGGAAGAGUUCCGCCCCGAGAGGUUCCUGCAAGAGGAGGCCAAGGUGGAGGCCAGUGGCAAUGAUUUCAGGUACCUACCGUUUGGCGUCGGCCGGAGGAGCUGCCCUGGGAUUAUCCUGGCUCUGCCGAUCCUCGGCAUCACUUUGGGACGUUUGGUUCAGAAUUUCGAUCUCUUGCCGCCUCCCGGACAGUCGAAGAUCGACACUUCCGAGAAGGGGGGACAAUUCAGCUUGCACAUUUUGAAGCACUCGACCAUUGUUCUAAAGCCGCGGUCUUUUUGAAUGCGAUCUUUAUUAGCUUGUUUGUGUGUUUUUGCGAAGAAGUGGGGGGUGUUGAGAAGCAAUUCGCAAUUCGGUAUUCGCUUGGUGGGAUUGUAAAUCUAUGGAAAGUUACGAAUGUGGAAUAAGUAAUUUGUAUGAACUAGUGAUUUAGUAGUUCAGGUUCAGAACAAGAUAGAGAGAAGCCCUCACUGGCACUGGCAGUAAUUUUAUAUAUGGAGCUUCAAUGCGAUGGAGAUGGAA